GCCCUUUUUUUGUUUCUUUGUCCCCCGGUUUUAGUCUUUCUCCACCGACACGCAUUCUCCCCGUGCGGUUGCCCAGCUCGCUGCUGCUGCUCUUUGCCCAUCUCUUCUGGCGGGUGCAUCAUGGUGACUUACCGCAUCCGUGAGUAUCGUCCGGAUGACUAUGAGACGGUGCGGGACUUAUUUGCCACAGGGAUGAGCGAGUACAUGCCCACCUUGUGCGUCCACAUGCUCAAGCAACCCUGGCUGAUCCUGGUCCUGGCUUGUACCUUCUGCCUGCUGCUCACGAGCUCCAAAUCGCUGCUUCUGCCCAUCCUUGCCGUCACCCUGCUUCUGGCCGUGGGCCGCCAGGUCCUGGGCUACGUCUGGUCCAUGUACAUCGAACGCUGCUUGCGGGAGGACCUGCUGGACAUCCAAGCCACCUAUCUGGGCGACAAACACUCUUGUUUCUGGGUGGCCGAAGUGGAGGACUGCGUGGUGGCCACGGUGGGUGCGAGGCCCUCCGAGGAGCACCCGGAAGAGCUCAUGCUGAAGCGCAUGUCCGUUCGGAAGGACUUCCGAGGGCUUGGCAUUGCUAAGGCCCUGUGUAGGACAGUCAUCUCUUUUGCCAAAGAACAUGGUUACAAGUCCGUGGUGCUCAACACCCUCAUGGUGCAGCAUGAGGCCCGUGCCAUGUACGAGGGGGUUGGUUUCCAGAUGUAUCACCAUUACGUCCUACCUACCGUCUACGGCAGGUUGGCCAGUUGCACCAUUUCCAAGUAUCGGUAUGAUAUUCCCUCUGUGGACUGAGGGAGGAAAGCUGGAGGAAUGUUCGCUGGCGACUGGCUGGAUCAGGCAUUCUGGUGCGCUUGUCCUUCGGACACGAGGUGCAACAGGUGCCGUAGAAUGAAGAGAACGGAUCGUGAUUCAUUUUGCUGCUGAACCAAGGAGGGUGUCUCUGCUCCUGCUGUCUAAGCACUAACCUCCAGGUUGUUUUAGUGAGUGUGCACAGGUCAUAAGGCGUUGCAGUAAUGACGGAAGUCAGAGUGAGGUAUUCUGAAGGCCCCUUUCCCCCCUCCAGUGUGUUUGCAAGCUGGCAGGAAUCACGAGUCAGAAGCACAUGGAGCUUACAGAAUGAGAUCCUCCUUGGCCAAUGAAGGAGCAUCUUCUACUAGUUUUCGGUGUUUUCCGCUUGCCUUCUGUGUGCCGCCCACUCUUGCCUUGUUUUGUGAGAGAACAGUCCUGAUGUGUAGCAGCAGGUGAGCGGUCCAGGAACUCACGUGCCACUACAGUUCGUUGUGGCUGUUGCGAAGAGCCCUUGCUGUGGUUGUCUUCUUGCCAGCAGGAAUAUCUAGUGGCAUUUUCAUCCCGUGAACUUGGAGCAGAAAUGCCCGUUUGUUUCCUGAGGAGCACACAGCCUGCUGCACUCCGUAUCCGUUGAACUAGCAGAAGCGUAUUGUGAUCUUAAUGCAGUUCAAAAUGUCCUUGUUUCUGGGUGUCGGGUUUUGCUGGAACACAAAUCUCUGAAGAGCAUUCAUUCUGACCACCAAAUAAAUGCAUCAUUUAUCUUUGAGGAAUUUCCUCCA